AUGGAGGAUUCGUCUAAUGCAACCAAAGCUGUCAAAACUAUUGACGACGUGCCAGUCAUCAGCUAUGAAAGUGGUGACCGGUUGAUGGCUCAAGGUGCGACUGCGCUGCACCAACAUGUUGCCGCAACAGUUUUACCCGCGCUCGGACAGCCCAUGCCAAAGAUGGAGGUGCGCUUCCACAACGUCUCCAUCUCCGUCGAUAUCGUCGUCAAGGACGAGACCAACCUCAAAACGGAACUGCCCACCCUUGUGAACGUGACCAAGACGAGUCUAGCGAAAGUGGUUGCUAAAACUCACAUUGUGAAGAAGGACAUUCUACGCAACGUCAGCGGCGUAUUGAAAACCGGCGCCAUGACGCUAGUGUUAGGCCAGCCUGGCUCGGGCAAGUCGACGUUGCUCAAGGUUUUGGGUGGGAGAUUCCCUACCGGCAAACACGUCCAAGUGGAUGGCCACGUGACAUACAACGGUACACCACAGGAAGCACUUCGCACUCGACUUCCGCAGUUCGUUUCCUUCGUCGACCAACACGACAAGCAUUUCCCCACUCUCACAGUUAAAGAGACGCUCGAGUUCGCCAAUGCGUGUACGGGCGGGAAGCUGUCGAAGAGGGAGGAGAAAUUAUAUUCGCACGGAACUCCCGAGCAGAAUCAAGCGGCGCUCGACUUGCUGCGAGCUACGUACAAACACCACCCGGACGUAGUCAUCCGCCAGCUUGGUCUUGAGAGCUGUCAGAACACCAUCCUAGGUAACGCGAUGCUGCGUGGUGUGUCGGGUGGUGAACGCAAGCGCGUGACGACAGGUGAAAUGAUGUUCGGCAACAAGUUCAUGCUCUUGAUGGACGAGAUCAGCACGGGACUCGACAGUGCCGCGACGUUUGACAUCAUCUCGGCCCAGCGUAGUCUGGCCAAGACGCUUAACAAGACGGUAGUCAUCUCGCUGCUACAACCGUCUCCGGAAGUAUUUGGAUUAUUCGACGAUGUGAUUUUGCUGAAUGACGGGUACGUAAUGUAUCACGGUCCAGGCUCAAUGGCGUUGGGACACUUCGAGAAUCUGGGUUUCAAGUGUGCUGCGAAUCGCGACGUGGCCGACUUCUUGUUGGACUUGGGUACGAACAAGCAGCAGCAAUACGAGGUGGGGAUUUGUCCGAGAUCUGCACGCGAAUUUGCUGAUUUCUUUGAGAAGUCCAGUAUCCGUGCUCACAUGAUGAACGAGCUCAAUUCCCCAGUCCACCCUUCGCUGCUUGUCUACAAGGAAAAGUUCGUGAAUCCUCGUCCCGAGUUCCAGCAGAGCUUUUGGGAUGGCACGAUGACCCUGAUAAGGCGGCAGAUGACGAUCACGCUUCGUAACACUGCUCUACUGAAGAGCCGAUUCCUCAUGUCUGUCGUGUUAGGACUGCUGAAUGCAAGUACCUUUUACCAGUUCGACGAAACGGAUGCCCAGGUGGUCAUCGGUAUCAUCUACGUGGCCAUCAACUUCGUGACGUUGGGGCAGUCUGCACAAGUCCCGUCGUUCAUGGCCAUCCGCGAUGUGUUCAACAAACAACGAGGGGCCAAUUUCUUCCGCACUUCGUCGUUUGUUCUCGCUACUUCGGUAAGUCAGGUCCCGUUGGCGGUGAUUGAGACGCUUAUCUUCGGCUCGAUCAUCUACUGGAUGUGUGGAUUUGUUGCCACUGCUGGAGGAUUCAUCUUCUUCGAGCUCGUGGUGUUUCUGACCAGUAUGAUGUUCGCUGCUUGGUUCUUCUUCCUCGCUGUCGUGUCUCCAGAUUUGAACGUGGCGAGUCCGAUUACUAUGUUCUCACUCUUCUUCUUCACGCUGUUCUGUGGAUUUGUGGUAACCAAGGGGAACAUUCCCGAUUACCUUAUCUGGAUUUACUGGUUAAGUCCGCAGGCUUGGGGUAUUCGUGCCGCUGCAGUUAAUCAGUACACAGACUCACGUUUUAACGUAUGUGUGUAUGGGGAUAUCGACUACUGCGAGGCGUAUGGAAUGACGAUGAGUGAGUAUUCGCUGUCUACGUUUGACGUACCUACUGGGAGAGUUUGGAUGUAUCUCGGAGUAGUGUAUCUGGUUGGACUCUACGUCUUCUUCAUGCUCAUUGCCUGGGCUGUCCUGGAAUACUGGAGAACCGAAGAUCCUAUCAUCGUCUCAUUUGAAGCGAGGGACGACAUAGCUGAUGUGAAAACCUUGACGUCUACCGGCGAUUACACCCUGACCACUACUCCAAGAGCUGUAGCCAGAAGUGCAGAUUUAUCGAUUCCCGUGGCUCAAGUGAGAGCGAAGAGUGUUACGCCUGUCACUUUGGCUUUCAAUGAUUUAUGGUACUCGGUCCCUGAUCCAGCCAACUCUAAAGCCUCUAUCGAGUUGCUCAAAGGUGUCAGUGGAUUCGCACUCCCCGGUACUAUCACUGCACUCAUGGGGUCUUCAGGUGCAGGCAAGACCACACUCAUGGACGUCAUCGCUGGAAGGAAAUCUGGGGGACAGAUUCGUGGUGACAUACUACUCAAUGGACACCCAGCAACAGAGUUAGCUAUCCGUCGAGCUACGGGAUACUGCGAGCAGAUGGAUAUCCACUCGGACGCGUCCACGUUCCGUGAGGCGUUGACGUUCAGUGCGUUCUUACGUCAAGACGCUGACGUUCCUGAUAGCCAGAAGUACGACUCCGUCAACGAAUGCCUCGACUUGUUAAACCUGCAUCCGAUCGCUGACCAGAUCAUCCGUGGCAGCUCAACAGAGCAGAUGAAGAGGCUGACUAUCGGUGUGGAACUAGCAGCACAACCCAGCGUGCUGUUUCUGGACGAGCCAACAAGUGGACUAGAUGCUCGCUCUGCCAAACUCAUUAUGGACGGUGUACGUAAGGUGGCAGACACGGGUCGAACCAUUGUGUGUACGAUCCACCAGCCCUCCUCAGUAAUGUUCAGUGCAUUUGACAGUUUGUUGUUGCUGAAGCGUGGUGGUGAGAUGGUGUUCUUCGGUGACCUCGGUGACAAGGCGUCGAACUUGGUGACGUACUUUGAGUCGAUUGAAGGUGUGCCGAAGCUGGAGAAAGAUUACAACCCAGCCACUUGGAUGCUGGAGGUGAUCGGUGCUGGUGUGGGAAAUGAUAAUGGCGACAGGAUUGACUUUGUGUCGAUAUUUAUGGCUAGUGAGCAUUGGCGUCAGCUAGAGAUGAAUCUUGACCGGGAGGGAGUCACGCGACAGUCCCCUAUACUACCGGCGCUGACGUUCCAACGCAAGCGAGCAGCAAGUAAUUGGACUCAAGCGAUAUUUCUGACCAAGAGAUGGUUUAAUCUGUACUGGCGAACCCCGUCGUACAACUUGACUCGUGUCGUGAUCUCCCUGGUUUUGGCUCUAGCACUUGGGAUCACGUACGUCGGAUCGGAGUACAGGUCAUAUCAAGGCGUGAACUCGGGUCUGGGUAUGGUAUACAUGGGCGCCGUCAACAUCACAUUCAUCAGCUUCAACGGUGUACUCCCUAUUACGUCAAAGGAACGAGCAGCAUAUUAUCGUGAACGUGCGACUCAGACGUACAACGCGUUUUGGUACUUCAUGGGCUCUACACUGGUGGAGGUCCCGUACUGUUUCGGCAUCUCACUGCUGUUUAUGGCGAUUUUCUACCCGAUGGUCGGAUUUACUGGCGUCGCCGCGUUCUUCACGUACUGGUUUAAUCUAUCGCUGAUCGUGACUCUGAUGGCGUAUUUCGGCCAGUUCCUCAUUUAUCUGCUGCCGAGUAUUGAUGUUGCGUCUGUGUUCAUGGUGCUCAUCAACACAAUGUGCAUCCUGUUCACCGGUUUUAAUCCUCCGGCCGUCUCGAUCCCGAAGGGGUACGAGUGGCUUCACGAUAUUACACCGCACAAGUAUGCUUUCGCUAGUCUGACGGCUAUCGUGUUUGGCGACUGCCCCGCUGAUGGUGACGACAGCGAACGAGGUUGCCAACAAAUGACUGGCACUCCACCGAGUCUACCGGAUGGUAUCACGUUGAAGGAAUACUUGGAGAUGAAUUUUCUAGUUAAGCACAGCGAGAUCGGGAAGAACUGUGGGAUUCUAGUUGCAUGGAUCUGCGCGCUUCGGUUUUUGACACUGCUGGCACUGCGCUAUGUGAACCACCAGGCAAGAUAGAACAUAAAUCAUUACGUUAUCGAUUUUGGUUUAAAAUCGGUAAGUGAUCCUUAGAACAUAAAAAAGCAAAAAAAAACACA